AUAUGAUUGUGACGUCAUGUGUUGCUAUCUGGUGCUGCUAGUUUCCGAUGGUGGUGCGGUGUUUGUCCGUAGUGUUUUGACCUGAGCUGGCCGAGUGUUUACAGUCCUGCACGUCGUGAAUACAGCGGUUACUCGGCAACAGUAAGCUGGGAGUUGUGGACGUCGCGUUCACCGCUGAUCGGGCCGAGAAUGGGCCGUAUAUUCCUGGAGCACAUUGGCGGUGCACGGCUGUUUUCCUGCGCCAGCUGCGACACCGUGCUGACCAAUCGCAAUGAGCUCAUCAGCACCCGGUUCACGGGCGCCACGGGGAGGGCGUUCCUGUUCAACAAAGUGGUCAACCUCAACUACAGUGAGGUGCAGGACCGAGUGAUGCUGACGGGCCGGCACAUGGUACGCGAUGUGUCCUGCAAGAACUGCGACACCAAGCUGGGCUGGAUCUACGAGUUUGCCACAGAGGAGAGUCAGCGCUACAAGGAGGGCCGCGUCAUCCUCGAGAGGGCCCUGGUCACGGAGAGCGACGGCAUCGAGGAGCACAUGGGCAACUGACCCGUCCGCCUGCCCGCCGACAAAGUUUGCCCAAAAGACUCGAGGUCCGUAUACCCCCACGGCCUUGCAUCAAGAAAUGGACCGAUCACGAUUGUCCACAUCGGUGUGUGCCGAUCACAAUUGGCCGAUAGCACUCACCUCCAUCGAUGCGCCGCUAAUGAUCACCCGCAUCGGUGUGUAGACUAUGAUGGGCCGAUCGCGAUUGGAUGUUAACGAUCACUCAAAUAAAUUCACCAAUUAUGAUGAGCUGAUCAUGAUCGUGCAUAUCAUUGUGCAUACAUCAUGCACAUCACAGUGUGACGAUCACGAUUAGCUGGUAACUAGCACCUGCAUCAGUGUGCCAGUCGAAUACCACACCACGGUGUGCCGAUCGCAAUUGCCCGCAUCAUGGCCAAUUUCCCGUCCGACCAGGUGUAGCAAACUUUCUUUCCAGGUUGCUUAGUCCAAGGGAAUGUAUGGACUGACACACUUUGGUUCCUUCGUUAUUGGGAACCUCGUGACAGUGGAGAAAAUUUAGCCGUGGGAUGGUACCUGUGGUGCGACGUAUGAAAUGCCUCGCCCUACAUGUUGUCCGUGGCUCAAGCUUUGAGUUAAGACGGUGUUGACACGUCCGUCAUCUGUUAUAGUCACUAUGUCGCACCACUAACGGUUUCUGCAUUCAUUUUAUUCGUGGUGGUUGAAUAGUUCUUGACAAGUUGAAUGCAGCCAUCGCAGAAUUCCUAUCCCGUCUGUGGAGCAAAACUGCUUGCGAGUGUGCCACCCAUGUAUAUCGGCGUCUCAGAAGACGGCGUUGAGUCUGUUUACUUUGGCUAGCUGCUGUAUGUAACGUGUCACCUAGUCAAACGCAUCAAAAGGGAGUGGGAGAAGUGUCUUACUUUACUGUUCUUCUUGCAUGUAUAAUGGAAGAAGCAGAGAGGCCCACUUGGUAUUCAUGGUCGAAUUUCCCAAUGUGUGAACUUGUGAUUAGACAAAGGGGAGAAAAAAAAUAAAAAAGUGUGAGGUCGUAAAAAUGUACACAUUUGACACGGCUCGCAGAUAUUGUACUGAAUUCUUCGCAAAUGCGCGGCGCAGGUUUUAGCUUCAUACAUUCAGCAUCCUCUGUCUACUACGUAGCCCGCACCAACGUCACUUUGGCACACAUAACGGGGGAAAGGGCGCGCGAGGGGGCAGCCUUAACCAGGCGCUUCUGGCCAUCAGAAAGAGAGGCGGACCGGCGUCACGUGCGAGCCAUGUAUUUCCAACAAAGUUGGCUCGUGAUAAAAUUGUAGAAAUUGCUAAGCAAACAAGAAUGCCACCCACAAAACAAUGGUAGAUGCAUCACUAUUUUAGGACGUGCAAACUGCCUACACACUGCUGUGGCUCUCAAUGCCACAUCUUGACCCGAAUUCAUUAAAGUAUUUUGCUACUCGAAAACAAAAAUAUAGCGAAUAAAUUUAUAGUGAAGCCUCGUACGCAUGUAGUAGGUGGUGGGUCGUACCAAUUAUAGUUCCACGCGUGUACAUUUUCAUAGCCUUGCUCUGUCCGUCGUAGCAUUUCUUGCGUGUCCCUUCUUUCAUAGCAUUGAUGCUGCAUACCAUGAGCACCACAACAAAUCGGUCACUCUAAAGUCGUUUUUUUAAAUCAAAAACGGUGCAACGUCUACAAGUACCAUGCAGGCAACCAUUGUUGUAGAGCUCGCCUCUGCAUGUGUGACAUGGAUGAGCCGCCUUUCCUUGGCGGCAUCACACCUUGCGAAUUGGAGUAAAACAGGGAGCGCUGAAAUAUUGUCGCAUGUAUUGUUUUAUGAUACAAUUUUUCAUUCAUACUCUGUGUUUAGGUGCCACUACCGGAAAACCAAUCAUUUAUGUCUUGUAAAAACAACAACCUAUUUUAGUGGCCCUGUUAGUGCAUGUUUUGAAGGGACCACCAAGCUUAAUAGGAACAUUUGCUUUUUUUGUUUUGUUUUGCAGUAAUCCAUUGACAUAAGAAGCCUAUUUUUACACUUAACCGGUAUGCAUAUAUUUCAUAUAGUACCACAAAGUACUCUCACUUGUAGGCAGUGUCGAGACAUCCUGGAACAAAUUGUUUCGUAGUAUUGACAUUUGGUCUUGUCAGUGCAUCCUGCGAGCUCAUUGAUGCUGUUUUUCUACAGCUGGUGUAAACAUGUCAUAGGAGCUUGGACACAUCGCAAGUUUAGGGCCAUAGCUACACUUGCUUAGAAAUACAAACACGCAUUGUUUUGCCAAUUUUAUGAAAGGAGAUUUUGAGUGUUUUGUGUGUGUAUGCCCACACCGUAAUAAAUAUUUCGCUAUUUAAGAGAAAAA